UCCAGACAUGCUUCACAGCCCUCGCAGGCCUACCUGGCACCACUCACGCCGUGCGUGGAAGUCUCAUAAAAGUCGGCCUUGCGUGAGCUUAACCAACGGAGAAGCUGCUGCUUGUGUUCGCGCGUGGAGGUAGGACGCUGUGUCGAGGCGGAGCGAGGGCUUUUUCACGCUGGUGACUCGCAUUUGGCACCGUGUGAGAGGGAAGGCAGGAAAAGUAAAUAGCCGGUGUUUUCUCUCUGUUUGUCGGUUAACAACAAACGAGUGGGCGGUGUUAGGGGUUUUCGAGGGAUUUACUGCGACACUUUAAACGGCUGUCAGCGGUCAUUCGCUGAAGUUGUCGCACGGGCUCUCUGAGUUUUGACAGACAGCCAAUCACAUCUGAUAUUCAAAUCUCUUAUGUCAGUGACCCACAUCUCACGCAUGUGAGCCGAGAGCAAGCAGCGACCUCAUCACAACAAUAGACAGCAUGGGCAUCCACGAGACAGACGGCCAGUCGUCCGGCACCAGCGGCGGGGCAGAGCAGCAGCUGGCCGGGCGGAUGGAGCAGGCUGAUGAUGUCAGAGAGCCGGAGCCGGCCGAGGUGGCGAAUCGGGCGGGCGACGGCGACUGUAGAAUCGCGCACGAGGACAGUACAGCACAGCUGAUCGUAGGCGGCUGCAAACCGCCCAUCUCCACCGCCUCGCAGCCCGAAGCGGGGCUCCACACCGGCCCCGGUGGCGGCAGCUUCGUCCCACCAGAGGGAGGCUUCGGCUGGCUGGUGGUUUUAGCGGCAACCUGGUGCAACGGCUCGAUCUUCGGGAUCCAAAACUCUUUCGGCAUCCUGCACACCAUGCUGGUGAAGGAACACGCCGAUCCUGACGACAAGACGUCACAGUUCAAAGUGGCCUGGGUUGGAGCCCUGGCCAUGGGGAUGAUCUUCUUCUGCUCACCUGUGGUCAGCAUGUUCACUGACCACUUUGGUUGCAGGAAGACGGCGGUCAGCGGUGCAGCUCUUGCAUUUGUGGGACUUCUCAGUACAUCCUUUGCCAACUCUCUCAGUCUUCGCUAUUUCACAUAUGGGAUAUUAUUUGGCUGCGGAUCCUCUUUCGCCUUCCAGCCCUCCCUCGUGAUCCUCGGUCACUACUUCCGCCGGCGUCUGGGUCUUGCCAAUGGAGUGGUGACUGCUGGAGCCAGCCUGUUCUCCGUCGGUCUCCCUAUAUUGCUCAACAAGGUUGUGGAACCCCUUGGCCUCGCGAGGACCUUCCAGAUUCUCAGUCUCUUCAUGCUGAUUCAAGCAAUGCUGGCGCUGACUUUCAAGCCCUUGCUACCUGCUGGAAGAAGAAUGGGUCCUCCAGGCAUGUCUCAGGGACCUCCUGAAUCCCCAACCCAGCCCUCUCAGAGUGGGAGCAGAUUCAAUAAAGCGUUAGCAGGAGUCAAGAGGUACUUCAACCUACGAGUGUUCCACAUCGUUACCUACCGAGUUUGGGCGUUUGGCGUGGCUACAGCAGUUCUGGGUUACUUUGUGCCCUAUGUUCAUCUGGUGAACUUUGUGAAAACGCAGUUUAAAGACACAGAAAAGGAAUGGGUGCUUCUUGUUUGUAUUGGAGCGUCGUCUGGAGUCGGGCGCCUCACCUUUGGCAAAAUUGGUGACCUGGUCUCUGGCCUUAAUAAAAUUUACAUGCAGGUGGCGUCCUUCAUCACUCUGGGUGUGAUGUCCAUCCUGAUUCCUCAGUGCUCAUUGUUCGAAGGUCUGGUGGUGGUGUGCGUGAUCCUCGGACUGUGCGACGGAUGCUUCCUCACCAUGAUGGCCCCCAUAGCCUUCGAGCUGGUGGGUCCGAUGCAGGCGUCGCAGGCCAUCGGCUAUCUUCUGGGCCUCAUGGCUAUUCCUAUGACUGCUGGUCCUCCUAUAGCUGGUCUCCUCAUUGGUUACUGUGGGAACUACACCGUGGCCUUCUCCCUGGCCGGUGUACCCCCCAUGGUCGGUGGGAUUGUCCUGUUCUUUGUACCGCGGAUACACAGCAGACUGCGGCGCGAUCCUGCAUCUCCAGGAGAGAAGUCAACCACCACACACAUGCUGCCCUCCACCCUUCCUGCCGGGGAGACCAAGAGCUGCACUAACGGAGACCUCCUCCCUGGUUACACAGAUGUGGAGACGCACAUCUAGAACCAACGUGUGGAGGUUAUAAAGGGAUUCAGGCCACCAGCACCUCUCUGCUCCAGUCAGAGCCGCUGCAGGGGGCUGCAGGGAUACGACUCGACUUCCUUUUGGCUAAUUCUCAUUUCCUCACCGUCCUGAACUUCUCCUCAGCCGUGAUUUGGGAGAGUUCAAACACUGAGCGGAAAACAAGACUGUGAAAAGGGGGAAGCACAACUCACUGAAGACAUUCUUAACUCCUGAGGGGAGUAAAACCAAGAAAUAUUUAAUCCCACUUCAUCAUUUUAUCAUAACUGUCUCAAGUCAUGGUGAAGACCUUGCUUUGUUGAUUCUAUAGGAAAGGCGUGUGUCUGUACUGUUAGUGAAGGGAUAGUGUUGCUCUCUUGCUUUCUUGCUGUGGGGCCAUCUUGCCAAGCUCCGGUGGCUGCAGUGAGUGGCCUCCUCAGUAACACUCACCUCCAAUCCACUGUGCCACACUUUUACUAUCAGGGUUCCAAGCAGCAGCAGCAGAUGUGUGACCAGCCUAGAUCACGCUUGUCGUUCCUCUUGCAGAGCUUUGGCUCAGUGACUCAGGAACCACCUGACAGAUCCGCGCCGCCUUCACCUUUUCUUUCAUUGUAGGUCAAUGAAGGUGCUGGACAGGACCAGGGCUCAUCUCAACUCAGACCACUUUACUCAACCAUGUUUGAAAUGUUGCGUUUUUACUGAUUUACAGUCUUUUUAGGUCAAAUAUGCUCUUCAUCUUUUUAACUUUUAAGCAGACGCAGUGUUGGCCUCUCAUCUCCAAGGUCCCAGAUUCAGCUCUGUCUCCAGUUUCCUUCUGAAAACAAUGAUUCUGCCCAGCUUUUGUUGAGAGUCUCUUCAAGUUAGAGAAUGGAGAACUGGAGCUCUUCAUUUCAAACUGCCGACCUUAAAUGUACCUCAAAACAGAGUGAAUCCUGCAGUUUAACAAAGAGAUUUCAUGGCUCAUCUCAAGCUUUCGUACUGUGCUGCCUCUGUCCGGAAACACGGAGCGAGCCCUGCGAAACAAAACCAUCAUGAGGGAUUGUUUGUCAUUGUGUGCUCGGUUUGCCCAAUGAGAGCCAGUCAUUGAGGAAGUAGCUGUUGUGUUUUAAUUGCUUCAGCUCCAGGAGCAUUUUGAGAUUUUACCACCGCAAUCCUGUUCCGCCGGAAGAGUCCCACGGUGCUUAGUCAUCUCUGGGCCUGAAGCAACCUUGCAUUUUUAGUGAAACUGAGUUUCCCACGACUCAUCUUCCAGUGUGACUGAGUAGGACCGCGUUUUCCAUAGCGUUCAGGAGACCACUGUUAUUUCAUCGCGCUGCCUUUUUCUACUUUCAAAAGCUGCGGUUCUUUCCUCACCUCAUGCCAUUGGACAGUUGUGACUCAGACAUUACCUCAGUAAGCCAACACAAUCCUCAUCACCUCGGUUCAUCUUGUUUUUAUUGUCUGCUGUUUCAGCCUGGUGUUUAUUGAAGAAUCCAAACCUCAUUUAUGUCUGUUGGUACCACACGUCGAUGUGAGAACUCGCCCUGUUUCAUGUUGCACUUGCUCCUGCUUUUUGGUCCACGCCCGUGUUUCCAGUGUCUGUACGUGUCACUGAAGGAAACCCUCUCAACCACACGGACAUUUGGACUCACUGUCACUGUGAAAUGUAUUAUAUUAUAGACUUUUUAAAAACCUUUCUCUUCUUCAGAAGAUUCUGGCUAAAACUCUAAUUUAACGUUAAAAAAAGUUUUUCUUCCACCUAUUUUUUUUUUCAUCUGUUCAACAGGUGAUAGCGUCCAACCACCCUCCUGUGUUGUAUACAGGACGAAUGCCAAUGUUCUUGUCAAACAGGAGCUUCUCUAGACUGCGUCUCGAAGUUUGACAGAUGUUUCAAAUAUUUGUCCUCUUCUUUACGAGAUGGCUACCUAUUUAUUGAUAGAACAAACCCGACAUGCAGCCAGGCAACUUCCCAAAUCAGGUCAUGUGACAUGAUCUUCCAGGUAGCAGAUGACGACGGCUGUAUUCGUACUGCUCAAAUGACACAAAAGUCAUAGCUGAAGAAGUUGUCGUGAACGAACCCGCCUUUCUUACACGGUGCACUUGUCCCAGCGGCUGCGUGUGUGCACAUGUGCUGCACAAACACACGCACAUCAUUAUAUGUACAUAGAGUUUAAACACAGAAUAUAACACAAGGUUCACUGCAGACUGUCAGUUAAAAGUCUGCAGUGACUCAAUCUUAAUCUUUAAUAUUUUGUAGGAGUCUGUUUUGAAUCCAGGUCAGAACCACCAGAUCUGACUUUUUAACCUGCUGUAAGUCAAAUUGAAGACACUUUCAAAACUAAUUAUGUCGCAGAUUGCUUAACCUUUUUUUUUUUGUUGUUGCUGUGAUAAUCGUGCGGUGCGACAAUGUCUGCUGGAGAUUUGUGCGUCACUGAGUGCGAAGGACUGAAGGAAGGUGUGUGCGUUUGUGUGUUUGGCUUCAGUCUUCACCACAUCUCUGACUUUGUGUCUCCGUGUGUUGACAAAAGGCAUUUGUUUGUACCUCGUCCACUGCUUUGUAUGAAAACGAGUCGAUUCAUUUGUUUCUGAAACGUACAUCUGCUAACACUACCUUUUAAUUCUAGUAGUUUUUAUUAAAUAAUGUUCCUUUUAUUGACUGAGCAGAGAAGAGCAGCACAAUCUUAAUUCACAGCAACUGUCCCGGCAUUUAUUACAUAAAAAAAGUUAGAAAAUAGUUUUGAAAGUUCAUCUUCUAUUGAUCGAUUGACGGUUAAAUUUUGUGUCGAGAAAAUAGAGUUGAACGCACAUGUUGCCAAGUCAGCCUCCUCCAGAGGGCGCGCUUGGUCCUGAAACCGUGUGAGGUUUCAUUGAAUCAGCUGUUCAACUCUAAACAUUAUUGCCACCUGGUGGCCUCUCCGUCUCCAACAUCCCCUAUCCGCCUCUCCACUCUCCCUAACUUGGUCUCCAGACUUGAACUUUCCCUCUGGUCUUUGCAGAGAGAUUUUCACAGCACUAAAUUAUGGAAAUCAGAGGGUUUAUUUGAAUAAAACAACAUUGUAUCUCGCACCAUGUGUUCCACUCACACUUAUUUUUGAAAAUCUACAAAAUAAAACGACAUACAUUUCACCACUGUAAAAUCAGUGCUCUCAUGAUGCAGAGUUAAAUGCACUGAUUUCCGUUCUGCCCUUCUAUGUGUUGAUGUUUAUCUCUUUUUAAUGCACAAUGACGCUCCAUUUAAGUUUACUGAUGUUGAUUUUAUCCACGUGUUGCGAGUAUAAAACUUCUUCAAACUUUUUUCAUUACAUGAACAAUUCCAGACCACUUCAAAUACCGACUUUUAACCUUGUUUUCCAUUCUGGAUCUAAGCGUAACGGUAUGGUGACACGUGCGCCACCUCCCUGUUUGCCGCGCUUCAGCGUGCGCUCACCUUCCUGCCUGGUCAUCGCGCAGUGGCUGGUAAUUCAGUCCAAGACUUGACAAUGUUCAAACCUCUGUUGCCUCGCUGUCGACCUUCACUUUUAGAAGUGUUUUUGUAUUCGUGAUUGUACAUAACCAGUGACUGGAGACGUCACCAAACAUGUCAUGUGAUGCUGCUAGUUGAUCAAUUUCUCUUUCAUAUUCGAUUACAAAUGUCUUUCUUUUUGCUUAAUAAAUCAUCACAGUACUAACAGUUUGUGUCUUCUUUUC